AUGGACUUCUCCCUGGGCCUGCGCCUGGGGCCUCGGAACCAGAAGGCCACCCACCCACGGCCGCCGAGCCCCCCCAGGCACGGCCCCCCAGCUGCCCCGCCCUGGCCGCCCGGGCCGCCCUCCGCCUGUGUUUGCCCCUGCCCUGGCUGUCCUCCUCCCGCCUGCUCCUGCCCGGCUUAUCCCUCCUAUGCAGCUACCUGCCCCUCCUGUCCCGGCCUCCCCGGACCCCCCUGUACCUGCUCCUGCCCCCCCUGCCCCGCCUGUCCUCCCUGGACUUGUCCCCACAGCUCCUGCGUCCUGGGCUCUGGUCCGCACUUGAGCUGCUGCUGCGCCUCGCCCUGCCCGGUCUACCCCUGCUCCAAGGGCCCAGCAGCCUGCCAGGGCCCCUGCCCCCCCUACCCAUGCUCCGAGGGCCCGGCAGCCUGCCAGGGCCCCCGCCCCGUCCACCCCUGCUCCGAGGGCCCAGCCGCCCGCUUCAGGGGACAGCGCAGCACCCAGAGGCACUGUCUGAUAGUCUAGGGGGCUCUGGGCCCCUGAGAGGUGGUCCGUCUCCCCAGCUUCCCUGCCACCUGCUUCCUGGGGACGCAGAAGCUCUGAAGGGAGGAGAGGCCGGACAGGUAGAGGCGGGGGCUCCCGCUCAGCCCUGAGAGCAGGCCAUGUGCUUCGGUGUUCCUCUCUGCUUCUGGUUCUGGUCCCGCAGGCUCCAGGGCCUCCUCUUCCGCGACUUCUGGAACGGAAAGCGCUUCUCAGAGUCUCCCUCGCGGCAGCGGAAGGGUAGCCAAAUAGCUCUAAGUGGUGGAGAGAACUUCUCAUUUACGGCAGAAUUCCAGCUAAUGUGGAAGGAAUAUGGAAUUAGAAAAACCAUUUUGCAACUCUUAGUGAAAUAAUUAAUCAAAGGGAGAAUCAUGAAUGGAGGAAACCAAAGAUGAUGGUUGAUGGGGAACUUUACAAUGGAGGAAUCAAGCUGUCACCACCUGACCCCACUGAUGAAUCUUACCACCACUGAAAGGGGCACAACCACCCACUUCGUACAUCCUGAUGUGAUAUAAUCUGAAGCACUAAGCACCACCAAGAAAGACUCUUGCCAAACAAUAAGGAAUAAACACACAAAAAACCUGAAUGUGAUUCAAAUCAAACUUCUAGAACUAACCUCCAUUUAAAAGGAAAUAUCAGGGAUGGAGGAACAAUUUAAAUGACACAGUGAGAAAGU